GAAGCGACGGUUGCUGGUGUAUUGGACGUUCAUAUAUAUGUGUACUAGUGGCAAAGAUGGAGAGGGACACCACAAUUAGGAGAAUAAAAUCCUUAUACGGGACGCAAAACAAUGUAUCGGAAAAUAAGAAUGACUCUCAGGAUCAACGUGGAAUCAACGGCUGCAGUGAAGUAAAAAAGAAGCCUGAAGUGAGCUUGUACCUGCUACACGAAGGCGUCGGAGUGGCACUGGUGACUGUAUUUAUUCUGGUGCUGUGGGGAGUUGUUCAUUUAUCAUUACAGCAGCUAGUCAUUGGAAAAUCUACUGGCGAGUUCAAUGCUAUCAGGGCAAGGAAGCACCUGGAGCGUAUCACCAGCGUCGGUCCCCGUCCCACGGGCAGCCCGGAGAAUGAGGUCUUAACGGUUAACUUCCUGCUAGAGCAGAUUGAGCACAUCAAGGCCGACAGCGCCUCAGGACCCCACUCUGUCACUGUGGACGUCCAGCGACCCACAGGCUCCUUCAGCAUUGACUUCCUGGGAGGGUUCACCUCCUACUACGACCGGGUCAGCAACAUCGCUGUCCGCCUGGAGCCCAAGGCUGGGGCUCAGCACCUCAUGCUGGCCAACUGCCACUUUGACUCUGUGGCCAACAGUCCAGGUACAAUACAACACAACCAAUUAGUCUUUAUUAUAUCUUAGGGUUUAUUAUUCACCACUCCUGGGACACCAUACACACCAUACACACCAUACACACACACACGAUAACACAACCAUGGUUUUCACACACAACAGGCCGAAUACAAUCACUAUCUCUAGCUAUGACCAGGCCUGGGUCUGCUUCCCUUACAUUUCAUUUAGUGCAUACAAUCUUGUCUGUGUGACUAGUGUUGUUAGUUACAGUUACAUUACUGAAGAGAAUAGCUAAAAGACAUGUUAUGUAAGGCACAAAUGGUUGAGUGUAUGACUGAUUGACAGAGAUGUUUGUUAUUUAGGUCAAGACAGUCAGCAACAGUAGUAGUGGUGGUGUACUGUAGUUUAACCACAGUUGGGUGGGGAGGUCCUAUUAGUUCAUACAGUAACGUGAACGCAAAAUCAUCAUAUUAAAAAACAGAAACAUCUUCUCUACAUAUGUAUAACCCCUAAGGCGUCCCAGCCUAAACAGCUCAGUAGAGUUGGCGCACAUAUUAUGACAACCUUUUGGACUUCGGUGAGAUUUUAUUUCCGGCUGUUUGGCCACUCAACGUUUUUUCUGGAGGCAAGCUGAAUUUCAGAGCUG